AUGGUCAACGACAAUAAGCCACUUGAUGACAAGGUCAUCAUAUCACGUCGUACGUUGAAUACAUUCGGCGGUGUUUUCUGUUCAGUUACUCUAUCCCAAUUCAGUAGUGUUAUAUUUCUACGCUUAGGGUUUAUUGUUGCUCAUGCUGGUCUACUGGAGAGUAUACUACAACUUUGUCUUUCGUACCUGAUCUUGUUACUGACGGUAUUUUCUAUAUGCGCAAUUAGUACAAAUGGAGCAGUUGAAGGAGGAGGUGUAUAUUUCAUGAUCAGUAGAACUCUUGGUCCAGAAUUCGGUGGGGCUAUUGGAUCCAUAUUUUUCUUGGCACAAGUUUGCAGUGCAGCAUUGUAUAUAUCUGGAUUAGUGGAGGCUGUAUUAAUUAAUUUCGGUCCUGGAGGAAUUUUAUUCGAUGGUGUCCUACCUGGUGAAAAUCACUGGUGGAGUUACCUAUAUGCUCUAGUUGUACUUGUACUGUGUAUGUCUAUACUGCUGAUUGGGAGUCAAAUGUUCGCUCGAGCCUUAUCCUUCAUUCUUGCAGUUGUAGUUAUAGUUAUCAUAUGCGUAUUUGCCAGUUUCUUUCUUCAACCAAAAUUGAUACCAUUGCCAAGAUCGAAUUCACUUAUUUAUAAUUCAACAGUACCGAACAAUGUUACAGCUUAUGCUAAAUUCACUAGUUUAAAUGGUGAUACACUGAAGGAAAAUGUUUUACCUAUGUAUUCUACUGAUUACACUACUGGCUCAGUGACAUCAUUUGUGAUUGUUUUCUCUGUGCUAUUCUCUGGUGUGACAGGAAUAAUGAAUGGUGCAAAUGUCUCCGGUGAGUUGAAGAAUCCUUCUCGAUCAAUUCCUUUGGGUACACUGUCGGCGCUUUUGUGUACAGCAUUAAUUUAUCUUAUUAUGAUCAUUUUCUCAGCCGCUUCAAACAGUAGAUAUCUGUUGUUGAACAAUAAUAUGUUUAUGCAGUCGAUUAGCUUUUGGCAACCGAUUGUUGUCAUUGGUGUCUUUGCAACUACACUGUCAGCUGCGCUGGGUAAUUUGAUAGGAGCCUCGCGAAUCAUUGAAGCGUUGGCUCGUGAUGAAUUAUUCGGUCCCGUACUUCGUCCAGCAAAAUGGACUACAAAACGAGGGAAUCCGAUAGUUGCUGUGCUUACUGCUUGUUUUCUUUGUUUACUAAUCUUGCUUAUUGGUAGAUUGAACGCUAUUGCACCACUUGUCUCUGUCUUAUUUCUACUGGCGUAUGCCGCUGUCAAUUUAGCUUGUGCUGGUCUAGAUGCAGCUUCUGCGCCUAAUUUCAGACCCACGUUUCGCUAUUUUAAUUGGAUUACUUCAAUCAUUGGAAUGAUUGGCUGUGUAAUUAUGUGUCUGUUAAUUCAGCCCAUAUACACUGUCAUUGCAAUUAUUGUUUUGGGCCUGUUAGUUUUUUCUUUGUAUCAACGGCACUUAGAAUCUUCAUGGGGUAAUAUUGGACAAGCGUUGUUGUUUCAUCAGAUCCGUAAGUAUUUACUAUUGUUGGAUUCACGUGGUCUAUAUGUGGUCGGUCAUGCAAUAUAUGGAAAUCCAGAUGAGUUUGCAGAUCAAACAGAUCCAUGUUUAAAUCAGCGAUGGUAUUGGACACAGUAUGUGAAGUAUUUGAAAACUAAAGCAUUUGUCGAGAUAACCAUUGAUAGAAAUAUACGCAGAGCUAUAUCUCAUCUGAUUCGAAUAUCCGGUCUGGGUGCAAUGCGUCCAAAUACAGUGUGCUUAGGAUUUUAUGAUGAUAAACCGUCAAUCGAUGUUCUGGCGCAAAUUUGGAAAGAACGUAAAACAAAAGCGUACAAUUCAUGGCCAAAUCAUAUUCACUCGUCUGAUUCUACUGACUUGAUUGUUGAAAGUAGUAAUUCUCAAGCCAAUCAUGGUUCUUUAAUUAGCAGCAAUGAACUAUUGGCUAAUUUUGGUUCACUUCAGCCCCACGAUUCAACUUCUUCAUUUGUCAGUCAAAAUGUUACAGAAGAUCAACCACGAUCAGCAGAUAGUCGUAUACAUCGUCUUACAUCACAGGAAUAUGUCAGCAUUAUCCGGGAGAUUCUUAACAUGGAGACUAAUGUUGUACUUGCUAGAAACUUUGAUAAAGUGAUUUUUGACGGAGGUAUGUCUGGUUGGGAUGUAGCACGUCGUUAUUUCCAUAAUUUAUGCCAUCCAAAUAAUCGGUUAUAUCGAUUCGAUUCUGGUUACAAUGGAGAUAAUAAUGGGGAUACAAUGAUGACUGUUUCCAGUUCUAUGCCACAGAUUAAUCCGCAUAAAAUAAAUAGUUCAAAGACUAUAUAUUUUGAUAUAUGGCCAGUGAAUCUGUUAGAGUAUAACUUGGAACAAACCACCAAUUCAAUGCUAACAGAAGAAAUGGUAUAUGGACAAACACUUGAUCGUACUGGUCUUUUCCUUCUACAGCUUGCUUGUCUAGUAGCCAGAUCACCAUACUGGCGUAAACGUCGUCAUCCACCGAAAUUACGUGCAUUCUUUCCGUAUUUCUCUUCAAUGGGUCGAGUUAAUGCUAUCAAUGGAGAUGUGAUUACAUCGUCUGAUACAGCUCAUUCUCGAUUGUCUACUUUGCUGAAGAAUUUACGAAUUCCUGCGGAAAUACAUUUAGUCGACAUGGAUAGUACAUUGGUGGGACGCACUUCGUCAAACAACAACAAUACUACUAAUAAUAAUAGUAAUCAAAAUAAUAAUGGUAAUAGAAGAAUUAUCUAUCUGAACCAGUUGAUUUUAUCCUAUUGUCAUCCAGAUACAACUGCAGUAUUUCUCUAUCUACCAAAACCCAGUUCAGAUCUAUCCUUAGCUGAUGUCUAUUUAAGUCAAUUGAAUAUUUUAACUGAUGCCCUGCCACCGACUCUGUUAGCACACGGUUUGCAUGAGGUAACAUCAAGUGAAUUGUAA